UUGUCCGGUGUGUUCAGCUUAUAAAACCGGAUCUAUUAAUUAAAAAACAAUAUGAGAUUCUUUGCAGUCAUCACUGUCUUUGUGCUUGGUGUUCUGGGUUUGGCCAAUGCUGUUCCGCUGUCACCCGAUCCUGGAGAUGUUAUCAUCAAUGGCGACUGUGUAAAUUGCAAUGUUCGCGGUGGCAAAUAGAAAAUAUACAGCCCAAGGAUUAAUACAAAAUCAUUAUUUAACUUUGUAAUACAAAUUUAAUAAAAUAAAACCUAGAUUGUA